AUGAAGAGAAGUUCGUCCAGAGAUAGCAUGCCGCGUUCUAAAAGAACGCGUAGUAGCAUAGGAAGGUAUGACGACAGCUCCGAUGAGCGCGUUACACCAGAAAGGGUGCGCCGGCGAGUGCGUUCGCCAAGUCCCCGCGGUCGAUAUGUGUCACCUCAUCGUGAUGAUUAUGUUCGGUCACGAGAGGUACGAGAGGAAUCCGCGCGACCCUAUUAUAAGGUUUUAUGUGUAAGUGCUUUGCAUCCCAAGGCUUCUGACGACAUUGUGAAAGAUACAUUGUAUAGGGAGUACAAAAAAUUUGGUGAUUUUAGUAUUAAGAUUUCUCAUGAAUUAGAUGAACGCGUCGCUUAUGUAUGUUUCCGUAGUGCUGAAGAUGCAAGAGAUGCAAAACAUGCCAAGCCGAGGAUUAUUCUUUAUGAUAAGGUAGCAAUUGUCGAUCCUGUAUAUGAGCCAGUACGCUCUGAGUAUAGAAGCAGACCUAGAAGUAUAAGUCCACCUGAUUAUGAUCGUCCUUAUUCUUAUGCCUGGUCUCCGGUACCCGAAAGACGCAGACCACCACCAGAUGAUAGGGCUUAUGGCAUACCUCCCACUGUUCCCCCACACCAUAGGGAUUUUCGACCUCCUAUGCACGAAUAUCCAAUGGCAGGGCCUCAUGGACCUCCAAUGCAUCAUCGCCCACCUAUGCAUCAUCCCCCACAUCCUCAUUAUAUGCCCAGGCCAUACAUGCCUCGACCACAUCACCCACCUUUUGAGAAAAUUGAAAAUAAAAAAGACAAAUUUCCUAAUUAUUUGCACCAUGUUCAACCAGAAGAUGAUCCUUUGGCCACAAGGACUUUGUUUGCUGGAAAUUUAGAGAUUAAUAUAUCUGAUGAAGAGCUACGCAGAAUUUUUGGCCGCUAUGGUAUAGUAGAGGACAUUGAUAUAAAGCGGCCACCUCCAGGCACAGGCAAUGCUUUUGCCUUUGUAAGAUACCAAACCUUGGAUAUGGCACACAGAGCUAAAGUUGAAUUGUCUGGUCAGUAUAUAGGCAAAUUCCAAUGUAAAAUUGGUUAUGGCAAGGCUACUCCUACGACAAGAGUGUGGGUUGGUGGCUUAGGUCCAUGGACAUCAGUCGCACAACUUGAAAGAGAAUUUGAUAGAUUUGGAGCUAUAAAGAAAAUUGAAUAUGCUAAAGGUGAACCCCAUGCAUACAUUUUGUAUGACUCAAUAGAUGCAGCACAAGCUGCCGUAAAAGAAAUGAGAGGUUUUCCUUUGGGUGGUCCUGAAAGGCGACUUAGAAUUGAUUUUGCAGAUGUAGGUACAGGAGGCCCAUACAGACCAAAACCUUAUGCAGCACCAGUAGGUGAAGAGGGAAGAGCUGCUGAAGGAUAUGAAGGGUAUGAGGGAACUUGGGAUGAUGGUUAUGGCUAUGGUGGAUCUGGAUACAGAGGUAGGGGUGGCCAUCGUGGGCGCGGUCGUGGAAUGUAUAGAGGUGUUUACCACGGUACUGGUGAUUACAGAGAUGAAGAAUGGAGAAGGGCACCUGAUAGCGAGUAUGAAGGACGUAUUCGUCGAUCUGGCUCCCGGGAGCCAGGAGUUGACAGAUCACGUUCACGUUCUCCACGACGUCGCUCGCCUGACAGUGAUUCAGAUGGUUCUCCUCGCAGAAAUGGUGGAAUGCUUGCAUCUGCUAGAACUUUACCUGAAGUUGUACGUAAAGCUACAACAAUAUGGAAUGGUGCAUUGAUCCUUAAAAACUCACUAUUUCCCACUAAAUUCCAUCUGACAGAUGGUGAUUCAGAAAUUAUUGACAGUUUGAUGAAAGAUGAGGAAGGAAAAAAUCAAUUAAGAAUAACACAAAGACUUCGACUUGAUCAGCCUAAGCUGGAUGAUGUUCAAAAAAGAAUAGCAACAUCAAGUUCUCAUGCAAUCUUCUUGGGUGUGGCUGGAUCUACAGCUUCUGUAACCAAUGAAGAUACUAGCAUUCAAACAAGACCUAUGAGAAAUUUGGUUUCUUAUUUGAAACAGAAAGAAGCUGCUGGAGUUAUUUCCCUUUUAAACAAAGAAACUGAGGCAACUGGUGUUUUGUACUCAUUCCCACCAUGUGAAUUUUCUACAGACUUACUUAAGAGAACUUGUCACAAUUUGACUGAAGAAAGUUUGAAAGAAGACCAUUUGGUAAUAGUGGUGGUGCGAGGAGGUUCUGCU